GAAGUUUAUUUAUUAAAUUAUAAGCAUCAAAUGAAUUCGCGUUACACGAAACAAGAUGGAAAUAAACUAAAAUUAUUCCGUCUCUGUUUUACACCGUAUUCCCUUUCUGCUUUAUUUCUUCUAAAGCGAAUUCAAAUUGCUCAUAUAAUUCAUAAUAAAUAACUCUCAACCGAUAUUUUUCUAUAUCAAUUUUCGUGUUUUCUAGACUCGAUCUUUCAAAAAUAUACGAAUUAUAAUCCGUAAUAUAAUACACAUAUAUACAUAUAUUUCAUAUACGUGCAAAGAGUUUUAAAUAAGAGGCGAAACUCGCGAAUAUUUCUUAAACUUUGCCCAAAAUUUGACGUUUCACGGGACCACAAGGAAAUGUACUUUGGCUACAGGUGACGAGUUUAAAAUUAAAGCUGAGACGGACCUUCCAAGUCUUAUAUUUAGGACGACGCGCAGGCGCGAUCCUAUUAGAAAUCCCGUGGAAGACUUAGAACUUCUGAUUCCUUGGAAUCCACCAAGUAUCGUAAUUUUCACCCAACAAAUAUUCUUUCUUCCCUUUUCAUAUCGGUGUGUUAUUCUUUCACGGUGCAAAGUUCGAUUCGCGCCCGUUUUAAAUCGAAAGAUUCAUCCGAUACGAUCGCCUCGUGAUAACAAUUUUCCUCAAAGAAAUCAUCCUGUUACUCAGUUAGUUUUAAUAAAAAAAUAACGAGAUGGAUCUCGGGGGUGUCGAUGUGUGGGGUCAAAUUGCCGUGGAAACGUCUCAGAUGUUUGUGUCUGAGGGCGGCGUGGUUAAAAGUCGUUUUGCUGGAACAACGAUAGAAAAACUUCCGGAUAAGGUGUUGCUGAAUAUCUUCAGUUACCUAUCUCAUCGCGAGAUAUGCAGAGUAGCACGUGUGUGCAAGAGAUGGCGGCAAAUUGCUUACGACACGCGAUUAUGGAAACACGUAUCUCUACGACCGGAAAUUAGUGGAUUGCACGUGAACUCGUUGGAUUAUCUACUUCACUUAAUCAGCACACGUUUUGGAGCUUCGUUGAGGUAUAUAGAAUUGCCGAUCGAAUUGAUCACGCACACGGUUCUUCAUGAACUGGCGAACAAAUGUCCUAAUUUAACUCACAUGCUGCUCGACUUUUCCACUGCCAUGCAACUGCACGAUUUUUCUGAAAUGCAAGCCUUCCCGACCAAGCUGAAGUACAUGUGCAUCUGUUUGUCAGAGGUAAUCUUCAUGGAGGGUUUCAUGAGAAAGAUUUACAACUUUAUCAACGGUUUGGAGAUUCUUCAUCUUAUAGGAACGUACGAGAAAGUGGAAGAGGAAGAGGAAGAAAUUUACGAGGUGAUAAACGUGCACAAAUUAAAAUCGGCAACUCCCAAUUUGCGAGUGAUUAAUCUAUACGGGAUCAACUUCGUAGAUGAUUCGCACAUCGAUGCAUUUUCUUCCAAUUGCAUUCAACUCGAAUGUUUAGCCGUGAAUUUUUGCGCCAAAGUCACUGGCUCGACUAUGAAGACACUAUUUCAAAGAAGUAGAAGAUUGAAAUGUCUUCUCAUGCAAGGAACAAAUCUCCAGAGUGAAUACGUGAUGCAAGUAGAAUGGGAAAAAUCGAGUAUCCAGGAACUCGAUGUGACUGCAACGGAUUUGUCAACGGAAUGUCUGAUCGACAUGUUGACCAGAAUACCAGGCCUUCGUUUCUUGAGCGCAGGCCAGUUGAACGGCUUCAACGAUAGCGUGUUGAAAGCAUGGGCCGAGGCUGGAAAUCCUCGAAACCUGAUCGCUCUGGAGUUGGAUAGUUCCGAUAAUCUGACCGAUGAUGCUCUACAUAAAUUUUUAUCAAGAUACGGUCAUCAACUCUGGGGACUCUCCUUAUCCGGCAUGCCUCACAUCACCGAUCAACUAUGGCAAAGCGUAUUACCUAUAUUGACCAAUGCCAAAAUUCUCGUAAUGGGAACAGUAGAAAGGUUAGGCGUGAAUAUUCACGUGGACCAGUUGAUGGACGGAAUUGCUAACAAUUGUCCGAAUUUAGAGAGGUUAGAACUUCGUUGGGAUCCGGAAAAUCUUCGAUUCUCGGACAAAAGUCAAAAAGCUAUAGAUAUACUACGCGUAAAAUGUAUUAAAUUACGGUGUUUAAGCUUAAGCGAUGGAAGAUACUAUGAAAUAGUUAAGGCUAAUUUCGAACGUGCUGACAGAUUGACGGUUGUUCGCACAACAACGUGCUGCCGCGUGUCUAGUUACUACCUCUUAGCCAAUUACAAGGAUUUAAUUUUUAAUUAAUUUUUAUAACGUGUAUAUUUAUAAUACGAUGAGAGUGAUUCAUAACUUUUCCAAAAGAUCGAAUUAUCGAAACGAACAAGCAUAUCGAAAAGUUGUGAAUGAACCAUGACAACUAUGAUGGAAAAACAAAUUAUCUUCGAUUACUUAUAUACCUAGUCAUGCGCUAAAUAACAGAUAUAUAUUUUUUUAUAUUAUUUUCAAGCGUGUAAUACAUGAGUAAAUAAGUUUAUCUUGAAAUUCAAAAAAUCAUUUGAUGAUAUUAAUGUACUAAGAAAGGGAAAAAAAGCUAAAAAUAAUGAAUCGAUAAAAAAGGAUAAUUAUGUGAUCAAUGAAAACCAUUACGAAAAACCUUGACUCUUAAAAGGACAAGAAUAGGAUCCAUUGUAUCACAAGAUUCAUAAUUAAUCGAAACAUUGUCAUAGGAAAAAGUUUGCCGAGUGUAAUAUAGGCGAGUAGAGGUACGCAUGAUACCUGUUCGUGUGGUAUCGAUUAUUCGUUAAUUUAUUCAAGCAACUAUAUAGACGACGACGUUGCACUGGCCACGGCCGGUCGGUCGAUUCGCUCGAUUUCAUUCUCUAGCCACAUGCCAGACCCUUCGUUUAUAUGUUGUAUUAUAGUCGACGUAGAACCGUCGUGGCCGACACGACUUUUCGCAUGAUAAUCCGAAACUUUUUGUAUCUCGUCGUGUUUCUUCCUCUCGCACUCCUUUUAUCCCGAUCUUCCCAAUGUCUGACAUCGAGGAGGAGCUAGUGGUAAGAAAACUGAAGAUCGUCCUUGUCGGUGAUUCUGGAUCCGGAAAAGUGAGUUUUCCAAUGUUUCCCAAUGUCAAAAGUUUAAAUCGAAAUCCAAAGAGAUAACGUUGUUUGUUACCUUCUCAUCGUUGCAUUUUCAUAAAGAGGAAAAAUAUCGAUUUGCCACGUACAAGAAGGAUCGAUGAUUUAAAUUGUUUCGAGUUCAGUGUGCCUGAGCUUCAAGGGAACUAAGCAACGUAUCGAUUUAUUUUUUUCCCUACGAAGUGGUCAGUGCUACUAGAUAUCACAUCAUUAGACAUACUUUUGCAAAACAAUAAAUAUUUUAUAGUUA